AUGAAGUCGUUCACAUGUGCGGCGAUCCGGGACGGGGCCGUCUUUAGGGUGACACUGGAAGACGGCCAGCAAGUAUUCGACCUCAUGGAUGCGAUCAAGGAGAAAUGGGGGUGUACAUGUCCUCCGCAUGAAUUGUCGCUCUACCUGGCGAAGCAGGACACCAGCUGGAUCAAGGCGACGCAUCCCGAAGUCAAGAUGCUGCGGUCUGACAAGGUUGGUGCCGAGGUCAAAGCGCUGUUAGAAAACGAAGCGAUGCACCAAACGAUGGAAUCGGGUGCAUUCGACCUCCCCAGCAACGACAGCGACGACAUCCACGUGUUGGUGGCUGUCCGCACGAGAUGGUUGACGUGUGCGAUGGUCGGGCUCGGGACAAUCAUCUACAUUGACAUGCUCGAUUACAAGACUGUCCUCGACCUGCAGAAGGCAAUCAGCGAGAGACUAAACUUUGCAUUGCAUGCGGCUUGCAUGGUCCUGUACGUGGCGAAGAAGGGCAGCAAAUGGCUCGCCAUCAACGACCUGAAGAAGGUCAAGUCGAGUGGAAUGGCAACGUUCACGACUGCCGGUGGCCAACUGAUGAAGCCGCGCACACGACUAGGUACUUACAACUUCCCCGGCGAGGUGGCGUACUACGAAGAAGACGGCGACGUCGACGACGUGCACGUGUUGGUGGUGUCCGUGCCGCCAGCCCGCGAAGUCGCUUCCAGCGCGACGCUUUCGUGUGUGACAAUCGGAGUUGGGACACUAUUUACCCUCAAGGUCCGUGACAGCAUGAGCGUGGCCGACCCCGACGGAAUGGUGCUCAAGACUGGAAAUACACCUGGUGGAAUCAAGUCCUUGAUAACAAACGUGACCACCCUGGACAACACAACUCGAUUGCGCACAUUGAACUUCCCCGAUAACGGCAGCAACGACAUCCACGUGUUGGUAGCUGUCCGCAAGCGAUUGUUGACGUGUGCGGUGGUCGGGGUCGGGACAAUCUUUUCCGUCGACAUGCGCGAUCACAAGAUGGUGGAAGACCUGCAGUACGCCAUUCGCCAGAGUCAGAAGUUUGCAUUUCCAGCGACCUCCCUGAACCUGUACGUUGCGAAGAAGGACAACACGUGGCUCACCAUCCACGAUGCCGACGUGAAGCUCGUGAUGACUGGCAAGAUUCCAAGUGGAAUCAAAGCGAUAACGACUGCAGGUGGCCAACUCAUGGCGCUACAUUUGCCACUUCAUUCUUUCAACUUCCCUGGCGAAGUCGUUUACGCGGCAGGGGGCGACAUCGAUACCAUACAUGUGUUGGUGACGGUGCCGAAAUCGCACCAAACGGCCUCCAACAUGGCGAUAUCGUGUGUGGUGGUCGGAAGCGGCGUCAGCGUGGCAAUUGUGAAAGACGAGCGCGACACCGUCGUGGACCUGAAGAAAGCCAUCGCGGAGCGCAUGGAGUUUCCAUUUCCUGCGUUUCAAUUGACGCGGUACGUUACGAACACGAACGACAGCGACUGGCUCCAGCGGAGUGACCGCGAUGCAAUCGAGCUGACGUGUGGAGAGAUCCCCCCUGGAAUCAAACAACUGAUGUCGGACGAGGCCAAAAUGGACUCCGAAUCCAUCUUGAGCGAAUUUUACUUCGUCGACGACGAAGUGUCCAUCGGAGAUGACAUCCACGUGUUUGUGGACCUGCCAGUGCAUACAAAGGCCCAUUACGCUAGUUUUGAAGUAGAGCUGGAAAACCCCGUCGUGGGGCGACCGGUCACGUCGAUUUCAUCGCCUUCUACCUGGCUUUGGCUGUCAUGA